UCUCUGACCUUGGACUAAUGAGCCAUUUAUUUUGGGCCUGUCCCCAGACUAAUAGUAGCCUGGGGCGCCGUAUGGAGUUCAAGCUUUGGAAGAAAGCCAGUCCCAGCCCCUCUACUUUUGCAUACCUGAGGCAGAAGACCUGCCUGUGGUGGUGGGGGGUGUCACCUGACAGUUUCCCCACCAGGAAACUGAAGUACCUUCUCCAAGCUGUUAUGGAGGACAUUAGAAGUACACAUGAGAUAAUCCAGUGUCCCUCCCCUCUCCAUGGUAUAAUGCACUAUCCACCAGGGUUUACUUUUAAAGUUGGGGUCUUGCCCACUUUGAGGCCUGGCAGUUUUGAGAUUCCCUGGCCAGAGCUCUUGUCUGGCGGUGCUUGGCAGGUGUUCCCCAGAAGUCCACGAGAGGGCGCACAACACCAGAAACAUAAGAGACUUUCAGGGUGGCCAGUCUCUCUAGACAUUUUACCCCUUGUGUGUCCCAGUCAACUGCAGUACCAUCUUCUCUACUACAAGGUCUUUGGGUUGGAAAAACAGAAGGGGCAGUUUCUUGCUUCCACCCCACCACUUUCUCUGUCCAACUUUUGGUUUUGGGAUUCCUUCUCCAGAAUGUCUGUCUCACGAUUCUUUGGCUCGCUCCCAAACUGCUUCAGGAUGAAGAAACCCAAAUAUCAGACCUGCACUCACCAGGGAGAAAGAUCACUAGUGAACCCCCCUCCCUCGAGUCCUCUCAAGUCUAGCUCCACUGGACAGGACGCCUACAUACACCUCCCAAUAACUGGUGACUCAACAGACAGCCAUUUCCCCACAAUUUCUUUUAUUAAAGAAAAUCCCAAACAUACAGAAAAGUUGAAAGAACAAAUACACUAUUCACUGAAAUAUCAGUCGUUGAAGAUUCAACAAUGGACAUUCUUGCCUUAUUUGCUUUGUAUACUUUGGGGGAGGGGAGACCAUAUGGGAUUAGAUUAUACAUUUCUUGAAAUCAUUCAACUAUAUAUUUCAGCCACUGCCUUAAGAAGGACAUUCUCCUAUGAGUUUCAAUACUAUCAAAUGGCUUGGAUGGGUGGUUUUUCAAAAGGGGCUCCUGGAGCUCUCAGAAGGCUUUCUGGGCUCCUCAGAGCAAAGGGGAAGAACCCAUCUCUUGGCUCUUCCAUAUUUUCUUCCUUCUCAGAAAGGCAGAGUAGGAACAACACAGGAUUCUAGAGGGCUGUCUGGAUGGAAGGUGACAUACACAAACAAGUGCCACCUGGGAAGCCCAGACAAGCCUCAUUCUACCCUCACACCAGGCACUGGCAAUCUAGGUCCAAAUUCAGAGGACGUGACAGCCAACAGAGGGCUUUGGUGUGCCAGGUGGGGGCGGAAGUCACUGGGGAUGGGAUGAGCACCAGCCUAGAGAGCCUAGAAUAGCACCCGGUGUGGGGCUCAGUGCUGCCCCAACCAACUCAACCACGGGACUCAGCCACAGCACUGCCAAAGCGGCUGGGCUCACACAGCCAAGGUGGGUACACAAAGCCUGUCUCCAAGCCCAGGGGUCAGACAAGGAGAUCUCUUUGAGGGCUGGGCCCUGCCCCGCCAGCUCUGCUGGUAGGAUUAUAUAUAGAACGGGGAGACACAGUUGCCAGGCAGAAGCUGGAGGUGCUGGGAAUAGAACAGUGCCCUUUGCAGUGACAAAGCUACAGGGAAGCCUGCUAUGCAUGUGCCAGGCCUUUGGGGGCAGAUCCCCGACACUCAUUGAACUGAGCUGCAUGACCGUGUCCCCACUUCACAUGCAAGAAAUCAAGUUCAGAUGAAUGCAGUUACUUGCUCACCAUUCUGCCUCAGGACAGACAAGAGCCCAGUUUCUAGCCAUUGAUAGUGCUCACAGUCCUGAGACUCUAAAUAAAGCACUCUUAGUUCUCUGAACUUGCUACCUGCCUUGGUUCACAUGUGUCCACUGGCCUCCAACAAAUGUCCUUGCACACAGCAGUUGCUUCAGGAAGCAUCUGAGGGCAAGAGUGGUAGGUAGCAUAGUCCAAACUAUAUCGGCCUAUUGGGACUGGGCCCUGAGACAGCAGGACAAGGGGCAGGUUUGGGAAUGGUCAUGGUGGAGAGGUGGGGCCAUUUCUCUCCAGAGCUCUCCUUAGCUGGCUCUGCAGGAGGCCCUGAAAUGCAGCUCCUGGAACCUGGCUAGUAGACAGGCAGGCAGGUAUGCACUGUUGCCCCCUGCCCCAAGUUUCCUGCCCAGCCUGCAAUUUGCCAACUUUUAUGAGGCUGAGUGGCUGGUUCUGGUUCAAGGACUGUGAGCUGGAACAGGCCCAGAUCAGGGCCUCUUCCUGGGCCUCAGUGAAGCAUGCCCAUGAGUCAGCACUCAGCUGUGCACGGAGCAACAGGCAAGCAGAGUGCAGGAUGGGGAGCAGAGGCUCUGAAGAAUGGGCUUGGGCUGGCAUCUCGAGGUGCCUAUAUCCUUGCAGCCUCUGAUGGCUGUAAGGUCUCUGCCCUUGAAUAUCUUUCCAGUAACAUCCUAUCACAACCAGAGAUGACAGAAGACUGACAAUCACUCCAUGAUGCUUAAGAAUUGAUAAAUUUCAAAGACACAGCUGAGCCACCAUGUCGAGCCUCUGGCUAGGAGUGGCUAAGCCAUUACAGGUGCUGACAGGGUAUGGGCUGGGAGGUGGACAGAGGGAACUGGCAUUUGCCUUCCAAUUUGACUGUGUAACAACACUUCAUUAAAAUAAAAUCACAUGGUGCAUCUUUUAUUACACACUAUAUCAUAUCAAAACACCUUGACUGAUAAAGAUAAGCUUUUCUCCUAAGCUUUGAACAGUUUUAAAACAUUUUUGUAAGUUUUUGUUUUUUUGGAUUUUAAUAUAUAAAUACAGAAACCUAUCCUGCAUGGGCUAAUGUCAUGUGUGAAUAUCAAUGGCUAAAAUAUUUCCGUGUGCCUGAAAACGGGGGUUGCAGUACAUAGAGUCCUUUAGUAACUCUAAGUUUUCUCAGAAAAAAAUUCACAAGGGCCUAGGAAAAAUGUCCAGGCUUUUUUUUUUUUUUUUUCCUUCAGUGUAUUUGCGAUUGUUAAAUCCUCUGAUGGGAUCAGAUCCAGAAGGAAAGGUAGGGUGGAUGUGGGGAUGGAAGGGGAAGUGUCUGGGAUGGGCUCUUCAUCUUCCUCUUUUUUGGCAAGGAAAUCAAGAUAUCAGAAA